GAAGAUAAGACUCCCUCUCUCCAGUUUUAAAGCUUUAUGCAUUGUGUUGCAUACGCACUUCAUUGUGUUGCAUAGACUCACUCAUCAUGUCAUUCUCAUCCAUUUCUUCGCCACUCUCUUUCUCAAUUUCAAUACCUUCCUCCCGUUCACUUUCAUUUUCAACUUCAAUUUCUAAAAACCCUUUUCAAUUUGUUAAAUUGCAACAACAUGGAGGAGGAGAAACAAAAAGAGGGGUGGUGGUGAUGAGCUUGGAGGCAGGCAUUGGAGUCAUGGCUACCAAGUUGGGAAUGAUGAGUUUUUUCGAACCUAACGGAGAGGUUGUUCCCGUUACCGUUGUCGGUUUCAAAGAAGGCAACAUUGUUACUCAGAUCAAAACCGAAGCCACUGACGGUUACAGCGCCGUUCAAGUCGGUUACCGUAGGGUUAGGGACCGCAAAUUGACCAAACCUGAAAUGGGCCAUCUUCAAAAGGUUGGUGCUAUUCCUAUGCGCCAUCUUCAGGAAUUUCGUCUUCAAAAUGUUGACGGCUUUGACCUUAACCAGUCCCUUAUCUUUGAUCAACUUUUCAAUGAGGGUGAUCUUGUUGAUGUCUCCGGCACCACCAUCGGCAAGGGUUUCCAAGGUGGUAUAAAGCGUCAUAACUUUAAAAGGGGACCAAUGAGCCAUGGUUCCAAGAGUCAUAGACAAUUGGGAUCAAUUGGUGCGGGAACUACACCUGGACGUGUAUACAAGGGAAAGAAGAUGCCUGGUAGGAUGGGUGGAACCAAGACGAAGAUCAGAAAGCUUAAGAUUGUCAAAAUUGAUAAAGAUCUUAAUGUCAUCAUGAUCAAAGGUGCUCUUCCUGGUAAGCCCGGGAAUCUUCUAAGGAUAGCUCCUGCUAAGAUUGUUGGCAAGAACAUUCCAAAGAAUUAAAUUAGUACUCUCUUUCUCUCAGAUUGCCUUUGGUUAGCUUCUCUGUAAUUCUUGUACUGUACCCACCUGUUAGCCCUUCACUUUCAACUUUAUGUAUAAUCCAUUGCGUUGAUUCUGUUAUAUGAAAGCAAGCAGUAUCUGAAUUGAACAACAAAAAUGUAUAUGUUCUUGUGAAAACAAUUCAUUAUGAAUUGGUGUGUUCCCUAAGGAUGAAAAUAACAAUAAACCAUUUCUCACUAGGUA